AAUGUUUCACUGCCUUUUUUCCUAGGUUGCAGCAGAUCCUUGAGUCUGGAACCUGACAAGCAAAUCAGAGCUUCUUCCUCUUGGCAGUGGGUCAAUGAGAGUGGGGAACAAAUUCACUGGUCUCCUGGCCAAGCCCGACUUCAGGACCAAGGCCCAUCGUGGGCCUCAGGAGACAGCAGCAGCAACCGCAGACAACGAGAGUGGCUGGAGAUAGAUUUGGGAGAGAAAAAGAAAAUAACAGGAAUUAGGACUGCUGGAUCAACACAAUCAAAUUUCAACUUUUAUGUUAAGAGUUUCGUGAUAAACUUCAAAAAUAACUCCAAGUGGAGGACCUAUAAGGGAACUAUAAACAAUGAAGAAAAGGUGUUUCAGGGUAACUCCAACUUCCAGGACCCAGUGCAGAACAAUUUCAUCCCUCCCAUCGUGGCCAGAUAUGUGCGGGUUGUCCCCAAGACAUGGCACCAGAGAAUAGCCUUGAAAGUGGAGCUCAUUGGUUGCCAAAUUACACAAGGUAAUGAUUCAUUGGUGUGGCAACAAACAAGUCCCAACACUGGUGUUUCAACUGAAAAAAAAGAUGAGACAAUCACAAAGUUCAUCCCUUCAAAGGAACAGCCCAGAGGAAUAAACAUGAUAAAGGUGACAACUGUGGCUGUGCCCUUGGUGGUCUUUCUCGCCCUGCUGAUUGUUGGAAUGGGGAUCUUUGCAUCCUUUAGAAAGAAGAAGAAGAAAGGAAAUCCAUAUGGAUCCACGGAGGCUCAGCAAACAGACUGCUGGAAGCAGAUUAAAUAUCCUUUUGCCAGACGCCAGUCUGCCGAGUUCACCAUCAGCUAUGAUAAUGAGAAGGAGAUGGCACAAAAAUUAGAUCUCAUCACAAGUGACAUGGCUGAUUACCAGCAUCCUCUCAUGAUUGGCACCGGCACAGUCACGAGGAAGGGCUCCACCUUCAGGCCCAUGGACACAGAUACCGAGACGGGGGCGACCACUGAGGCAGGCGGGCACUACGACUGCCCUCAGCGGGCUGGCCGCCACGAGUACGCGCUGCCCUUGACCCACGUGGAGCCCGAGUACGCCACGCCCAUUGUGGAGCGGCACCUGCUGCGGGCCCACACGUUCUCGGCGCGGAGCGGCUACCGCGUCCCCGGGCCCAGGCCGGGCCACAAGCACUCCCUGUCCUCCGGUGGCUUCUGCCCCGGAGACUACCAGAUGCCGCAGAGUGCCAAGCCUGCCAAUCCCAGCUACGACAAGCCCAAAGCCAGCAGCUGCUUUGGGGAGAGCAGGGACGCACAGAAGCCACUGGUGAAUCUUGGGAUGAAUGGUGGUUAUUCAACUCCCAGAGACUGCCUCAAACCCCUCAACCUGACCGCCAUGACUGCUCUUUUGUGAACCCAAUGUGAAAGAAACCUGCUGUGGUACUGAGCGUCAGCUGUGCAAGUCACUGGAAGGAAGGAGACUGCGGUUCUCGUGUGCGCGGGUGCUGGUGCGCGUGAGAUUCAGUAGGGUCCUGGAGACCACCUCCUGCUGUUUACACAACUGUGCAACUAGUUUGGUUCUGCCCCUUAGGGUGAGAGUCUGUUGGUGUUUGCUGGACUAGAAAAAGGAAUAUGUUCGGAUGGCUUUCAUUUCCCUUAACUGUGAUAUUAAGCUGCUUUGGUAUAAAAUGUGCAAUCUGUACAGAAUCCUAUUUAACAAGAUUUAUAGUAACUUAAGUUUGCUUUAUCAGAUUGUAGGUCUACACAUAGAUUAAGGGGGAAAGUGCAGCAGUUGCAAAAAGUAUUUAAUAGUAUGUUCAUUUUUUUUUCCAAUUUAUUAUCUGAUACUGUGUUAGCAGCAGGUCUGUUUAAAUGUCAUCUUGUUACUGUGGCUUGUUUCCUUUCCUUUGAUAAGUAGAACUAAAAGCAUUUUUAACAUUCUUCCCUUGGAAGACAUGAAUCACUUGAAGCAUGAAAAGCACACCAGGGUGGGUGGUUGUUUAGCAAUUAUGAUUUGUAGAUUUAAAAACAAACAACACCCUCAAGGCUGCCUGUUAAGACUCCACUUCAGAGGGGGAUGUGAAGUGCUGGGUGUGGGUAGCCCAGCCUCACCUCUCGCAGAGGACCCCACUGGCUAGGCCUAAGGAGAUGGGCUCCAGGACUUGACCUUCACUUUUGGCUUUCUCCUCCCCCUGGCCGGGCAGGUCCUAGGCAGCCUCCAUAUACAAAUCUACCUUUUCAAACUGCCUGUGAAAUGGAACGCUGAGACUUAUGGGCAACUGAAACUAUACUCUCAGCUAAUUGAAAUGAAGGUGGCCCAGCAAUUGCAGUGUGACUUGCUGUGUCAGGUGUUUUUGUACCUCAGAUUGAAAAUUUUGCUGAGGUCAGAUGACUACACGUUUCAUGAGUUUCUUCAGAAAUAGCACAUUUUAGUGACUUCCAAUUGUCCUCCGAAAAACAGAACAGUUAUUUGAAAUGUGUUCUAACAGAAAUGAUUAAGACCAAGUCUAAAAAGAGCUUUGCUACUGAGAUGAAUGGGAACUGAACUGAUUUGGGGAGAAAUGAUUUCCCCCUCCAGUUUAUAUCUAUAAUCCUAAAAUAGUCCUAGACCCCAGGUAUACCUCAUGUUCAGGUUUUUAAUCUGAGUUUGCUUUGUGAGUUAACUGUGGGGGAUUUAACCUCUUUUACCAAAAAGGAAAGUGUGUCUUUGUUUUUUGACAGAAAAUAUGGACCAAAAAAAUCCUUUCCCUAAGAAAUGUAUUACAACUGUAUGUGUAUGGUAAUCACUUUCUGUGAAGUGUAUAUAUGUUAAAAUAGCGAGGGUGCUGGAGGGUCACUGCUGACCCUGUUGGUUAUUGGUUAGUGUGGAGGAUAAACUGUUUACUUUGUGGAGUUUACAUGUUAUGUGCAUACUAAUUGUAAUAAACUCUGCCAAGUCAAAGUGCCCCUGACUGUC